GCGCUAAUGAGGGGCGCUGAACAUGGCCACAUCAGCGUAGUACAGCAGCUCGCUGGUCAGCAUGGCGCUGACGUCGAUGCCAAGUCCAAGGACGGGCACACGGCGCUCAGUAUGGCCGCCGAAGCCGGCAACAUGGACGUCGUGAAGUGCCUCGCAGAUGAAUACGAUGCUAAUGUGCAUGCCAAGGACGAACGGGGAUGCACAGUGCUGGCGAGAGCCGCUAGAAAUGGCCAGAUGGAUAUAGCGCGGUUCCUCACUGCUCAACAUGACGCUGACGUGAAUGCCAAGGACAAUGAUGGACGCACAGUGUUGAUUUGGGCCGCUGAAAGCGGCCACAUAGACUUCGUGCGGUUCCUUACUUGCGAGCAUGGCGUUGACGUGAAUGCCACGGACAAUCAUGGAUACACCGCUCUAAUGAUGGCCGCGUACAAAGGCCACAUGGGCAUCCUUUUGCAGUUCAUCGUGGGGGGAGAUUGGUGUGAUGUGAAUGCCAGCGACAAUGGCGGGCGAACGGCGCUAAUGUGGGCAAGUGGCAACGGCAACAUUGACGCCGUGCGAUAUCUUGCUGACCACUGUAGUGCAGACGUGGAUACGAAG